AUGGUCUCGCUACGACGGGAGGUCAAGUUUGCGGUCAUUGUGGCCUCGCAGCUGCUGCUCUUCGGGCUGUUCUUGCUGUACGCACCUUUCCAGGAAGGCGGACUAUUCAGUGACGGAAUGCCGUCCUCCAAUUCGCUUCGUCGCUGUAUCUCCAGUGCGCAUCGUGACACCCGCUACGUCAAGCCAGGAAUGUGUGUGACUGCGGAUCAACGGCUGCAUGCGCUGGAAGAUCUUGUAUACGCUCUUAAGGUUAUGUUAGAGAACGCCAACGUGGUCUACUGGAUCGAUAGCAGCACCCUAUUGGGGGUCUACAGAGCUCGACAGCUCGUACCGUGGGACUACAACGCCGAUAUGGGGAUCACCAUGGCUGGGCUGGAGUAUCUACGUACCACGAAUAAGGAGAAGCUAGAGGUACCGGAUGGAUAUGAGCUCACCGUGUUUAAUAACUCACUGUACGAGGCUGGGGACACGUCUACGGCUGUGCCUGUGAGGUUUGUGGACACCAAGUUCGGUCUUUACGCCAAUGUUCUUGCGUUUAAGGAGUUUGAAGGUCUGUUUAAGGACAAUGUGAGGCCCGCGACUGCCCCAGAGGAUGAGGAGGAGGUCGUAGGCAAUGGAGUUGUUGUCGAGAAGCUUAUGGGACCGGAUCCAUCCGAGAUCUGGCAGCGUUGCAUGCACUGUCCGGUGCACUUUAGAGUGCCAAGAGAUUGGAUUUUCCCAUUGAGAAUGUGCAAGCUGGAGCUGUUUGAAGUCAUGUGUCCGGCUCAAAUGGCCCCAUACCUGAUGUUCAUCUUUGGGAAUCGAUUUCUGACUCCGGAACUUUGGGAGUAG